AUGAAGACCUUCAGCUCCAUCGCCCUCUUCUGUGCCUUCAUCGGCAUGUCCCUCAAGCCCGUCUCAGCAGGAUGCUUCACCAGCGGCGACGACUGGCAGGACAGAGACGCCGCUCGCAACCAUGUCGAGCACGCAUGUCGAAGCCCUGACGGAACUGGCGCUUUCCAGGGCGGCUAUCUUCCUGGCCAGGCCAAGAGUCUGUGCAUCCAGCAUUCGCCGACGCAGAGGCUUGAAUUCAGGGUUCAGAACACGAAUACUGGCCAGGGAUUUGAUCUCGCCGAUGCUGACUGCGUUUUGCGCCUUCAGAAUGAGAUCAACGCUUGUUCCAAGGGCGGUGAUUCGACAGUUUCAGGAUGGAACUUUGUUGCUGACCCAAACAAUGCCAUCUGUGGUCAGUAG